GAGCAGGGGAAACCGGAAGGUAUAGCAUUACGCAGAACGAAACUUCUUAACUGAUAGUGUUUUCUGCUAGCCAUUCAAGUUUGCUUAUUCUUGUUGCAACCGCGCAAUGGCCUCCGAUGCUGCUUCCCCUCAGAGGGAGCCCACCCCCUCCGCCGUUCCUCCUUCUGUCCCCCAGAAGCGAGCGCUUGAAGAUGACCACCUCCCAGCUGUUUCUUCCCCCCUGAACCGAGAAGCCAAGGCAGCGAAAGUGCAGGUACAGAUACCGGACGAUAGCCAGGCAAUGGCGCGUGAGAGGAGAACCAAGAAAGACUCGCUCAAGAAGCGUGAGUCCAAGGGCGCUCCUGAUAGCGCCAGGGCGACGCCCGACCCCAAGCACAAGGAGCCUCCCGGCGAGCUGGCGCCGAUGAGGUACAAGCUUGCCCAGCCGAAGCCCACCGACUUUGAGCUCUCGCGGGGGCCUGUCUUCACCAGCCACCACGAAGUGAAGGACGCAGACGGGAGGACCAUCGAGUUCUUCGAGACAUCGGACCAUGUCUACAACCGGAGGAACUUCCACUACACGCACUGCAUCGCCGACCCCGCCUUCCCAUCCAUCUUCUACUACCGCAACACAGAGCCGCCGCCUUUCGGCGCACACAUGAGCUUCGAAGACACCGCAUCGCACAUGUUCUUCGACCGAAGCGGGACGCACGUCACCUCGGACAAGGGCUUCCGCAUGUCGCGCGCCAACGUGGCCGUCCGCGAGGGCCGGUGGUAUUGGGAGUGCAAGGUCACGCGGGGCAUCCUCAGGGACAGGAGUGAGGGCGACGUGGAAUCACACGGCCAUGUCCGCGUGGGAUUCGCCCGGCGAGAAGCGUCGCUGGACGCACCGGUUGGCUUUGAUGCGUACAGUUACGGCAUCCGGGACGUGGCGGGACAGAAGGUGCACAUGUCGCGGCCCAAAGACUUCUUCCCGCCAGGAGAGGACAUCAAAGAGGGAGACGUGAUCGGCCUGGAGAUCCAGCUGCCUUCAGAACGCCUCCAGCGGAAGGUCGUGCAGGGCCAGUACAACCCGGCGGUGGACCUCGCAGACGACGACUCAGGCCCGGCGCCCGACGCGCCCAACAUCAUCCGCGACCGCAUCCCGAUCCGGUUCAAAGCGCACAUCUACUUUGAAAAGAUCGACUACCACACCACUAAGGAGCUGGAGGAGAUGAUGAACCCGUCGCCCAUGAUCUCCGGGCAUAUCACCGGACACAGCGCUGAGCCCAGCCCGAUCCAUCCGCUCCCUGCACUGCGUACGCUGCCCAACUCGUGCAUACGGGUUUACAAGAACGGCGUGCUCAUGGGCACGCCCUGGACCGACCUGCUUGCCUUUCUUCCGCCGGCAUCGAGGCAGGCGCAGCAGAGUGGCGGGCGCGAGGCGUUAGACGAUGGUACGCUCGGGUACUAUCCAGCCGUGAGCGUCUUCCGGGGCGGUGCGGUGGAGGUGAAUUUCGGGCCAAACUUCUGGUUUCCGCCCCCAAAGCCCGAGGAUGUAGAGAUGGGAAGCGGGCAUGGAUCGUUAGCCAAACUCAGGGCGGUGAGCGAGCGCUACGACGAGCAGAUUGUCGAGGACAUUGUGUACGACAUAGUGGAUGAGGUCGGCUUUUGGAUGCAAGACGGCGGCAAGGUCAUUGACCGCUCAGGAAAGGACGACAAGGCCGAGACGGUGGCACCUGGGAGGGAGGAGAUUAAAGAACUCGUGCAGGACGACUGAGGUACAUACGAUGAACGGGGCUAUUACGACAAAAACUACU